UUUGGCUCUUCUAUGCAGCCACGGCGUUCGACUUUUCGGUGAGAUUUACCUUUUCUUCUUCAUAUUUGAGGAGAAUCAGUCUUUGCUCUUCACAUGAGAGUUAUACUGUCCUCAUGAUUGUGAUUGGUCUGCUGCCUUGGAACCCGCCCUCUAUACGUGCACAUUCAUGGAUUCACAACAAGAUAAACCCGGGCUGAGUUGAUAACCAGCGGUGCGAUACUGCUUAUCCAGAUUGUCAUUGUUGUGUAUACAUCCAGCUGGAUCGGUUGGUAGCAACCCCAGCCUGUCGGUGGCCGUAACUGUGUUAAGUGAAAGCUUCAGUGCACCACAAACACUGCCCUCUAGCAGGAGCUGAAUUAACUCAAGGUUAAGGUUAAAGCAAUGGAUGGUUCGGUGGUGACCUACUCUCAGCUGAAGACCAUGCUGAGAGUUGGUGACAUUCAGCUUUUUGACGUGAGAAACCCAGAUGAAUACCAGGCAGGACACAUUCCAAAGGCUGUCAACAUACCACUGGUAAAUCUGGAGGAGUCCCUGAAGCUUUCCCCUGAGCUCUUUAAGCAGCAGUUUGCAGUGGAGGCUCCUGGGAAGGGCGACGACAAUAUCGUGUUGCACUGCAAAAGUGGAAACAGAGGAUCCAAAGCGAUGGAAAUUGCCCACCGACUCGGCUUCAGCAAAGUGAAACAUUAUAAGGGAGGCUACAGCGACUGGGUGGAGCAGGAAAAACGGAUGCCAGACGGAAAUAUGCUUCAUGAAGCUAAAACUACAACCUAAAAUACAUUACUACUCAGCAAACGCCUGCUACAAUAUUAUAUUAACUGUUACUAGUUGUUACAAAAGUUACUGUCUAAAUUCGUGUAAGACAUUGAAUGUAUUUAUAUUGGGUCACUAUUAGCACUUAUGGGUAAAAGCCACUUGUGUCCUUUUAUUCUCCACAAAGGCGUCAAAUAUAUCGGUCAUUAAUGUCAAAAUGGUUUAUCUGAAUUAAAACGUACGAAAAAGGUU